AUGCCUAUCACCGAGAUUACCAGCCUCCAAGAACUCCUCCAAACCCUCAACGCAUCCACCCCCAGCAAAGUCGUCGUCCAGGCCUCCGCGGCAUGGUGUGAACCGUGCGACGCCAUUGCGCCACAUGUGGACCGCUUAAGCAGCGAGUAUCAGAAUAGAAAGGAGGGAGAGGCAGAGGGAGAGCGAGAGAAGAAGGAGGGCGAGAAGGAGGGGGAGGGGAAAGGCGAAGUGCGGUUCGUCCGGUUCGACAUUGACAAGGCGGCGGAUUUGGCGCAGGAGUUGGGCGUGCGUGCUGUCCCUGCAUUUUUCUUCUUUUCGGAUGGGGAGCUCGUGGAUGAGUACAAGGGGGGGAGGGUGAAUCUGUUGGAGGAGAUGAUUGGGAGGAAUAUUGGGUGA